AGUUAAGUGAAAGAAGACAGUGCUCAGUGACUUGGGAAACUGUGUUUUGCUUAGCUGAUAGCUAUAGCUAUUGUGUGUUUGUGUGUGUACGAACGUAAAUUAAGCUACGUACCCUCGAUUGCUUCACCCCCAUUAGGGUUCUUUCAUCUGCUUCAUUUUCCUUGGAGCUUGAGCCACAUUUUCUUUCUUUCAUUUUUUACCCCCCACAAAGGAACUGCUGCAGCUUGUUUUCUUGAUUUUCACUUUCUUGAGAUCUUUUUGGGUCAGGUUGGUCUUUGAAGAAAACAAAUUAAGCUUGUCAUUUCUACAUCUUCCAUUGAGAGGAAAUGAGCAUGCAGACACCAAAAGCAAGGACUGUUUCUGUUGAGGUGCCGCAAAGGACAUCUUCAUCUACAACAAAGACAGCUCGAAAGCUCAGAACUUCAGGGCCAGAGGUUGAUUCUGUUUCAUCUCCAAAUCCAGCAAGCAGGACACCAAAAGACAGGAGUCCUAAAGUUAUUGGUCGCCGGUCACCACGAAGUCCAGCAAUAGAGCAGAAGCGUCCAGGCAGAAUGUCCGCUUUGGAAGACCAGCUUGCUCAACUUCGCGAGGAGGUGAAGGCAGCAAAGGAACAACUCAGUUUAUCAGAAUCAUUGAAGAAAACGUCUCAACAAGAGGCUGAUGAAGCUAAGAGGCAGUUAGCAGUCAUGUCAGAGAAGCUUGAGGAGUCUGAGAAGCAGCUGCUUAAAUGCUCUGAUUCUGAGGAAGCUCAACUCUUGGAGCUACGCAAGAUCUCACAAGAUAGGGAUCGAGAAUGGAAAUCUGAACUUGAGGCUGUACAGAAGCAGCAUGAAUUGGACUCUGCUGCUCUGGCAUCCUCCCUGAAUGAAAUCCAGAACCUUAAACUUCAGCUUGAUAGAGUAGCUGAUUCUGAAGCUGCUCAAGCUCGCCAUGCUGAAUCAGCUCAUUCUGAGACCCAAAGCUUAAGGGUACAUCUCAAAGAAACCCUUACAUUGCUUGAGCAAUUGCAAAACCAGCUAAGCAAAAGCAAGGAAUCUGAAGCUACUGUGCUUGAAGAAGUGAGUAAAGCUCAGUUGGAGUUGGAAGUUGCAAAGAUGACAGGCAAUACUUUACGCUCGGAAGGUCUGAAGGCAAUGGAGGCUUGCAAAUCCUUGGCAUUGGAGUUGGAACAGUCAAAGCGUCAAGUGGCUGUAUUGGAGGAACGUGUCAACAAACUCCAGUCUGAUCAAAGUAGCAAAAACAUGAACCUGGUAGAUCCUACAGAAAGUUCUGCAGCUGCACAAGAAAUUGGAAUCAAUGUGGAAGCUGACGAACUAAAAACUGAGUUCAGUAAUCUUAAAGACGAGGCAAAUCAACUAAGAGCUGCAGUGGAGGAUUCUGAGAGAAAGUAUCAGGAAGAAUGCAUUCAGAACACAUUGCAGAUAAGAAGUGCUUAUGAGAUAGUGGAGCACACAAAGUAUGAAUCAAUUCAAAGAGAGACUGAAUGGACCUCAAGGUUAAGUGCUGCAAAAGCAGAUAUGGAAGAGUUAAAGGAGAAAUUGAUGAACAACGAAGCUGAAUUACAAAUGCUUUCAGAUGAAAAUAAGGGCCUGAAUGUACAACUUGAAGUAAUGCAGUCAGUUGACCGCGAGUCUGAAUUACAAGAUGAACUGAAGAAAUCAGAGUCGCUCUUAGCAGAUUUACGGGCAAGUUUAUCUGACAAGGAGACAGAGUUGCAGAGUACCACUGAGGAGAAUGAGAUGCUGAAGUCAGAAAUCAAGAAGAGGGAAAUGGAGAGUACCAAAGUGAAUGAUGAGGUUCUUGCCUUAGCAGAAGCCGCGAGAAUUGCUGAAAGAGAGGCCCUGAUGAAGCUGGGGUAUUUGAGUGAGGAAGCAGAUAAAAGUAGCAGAAAAGCAGCACGAGUCAUCGAGGAGUUGGAUGCAGUGCAGACAACUAACUCUGAUAUGGAAGCUGAGUUGAGGAGGUUAAAAGUACAAUCUGAUCAAUGGAGGAAGGCUGCUGAAGCAGCUGCAGCUAUGCUCUCAACUAACAAUAAUGGGAGAUACGUCGAGAGAACAGGCUCUUUGGACUACCAUACUAUUGGUGGCAAGCUGCGUUCUCCGUUAUCUGAAGAUAUGGAUAUUGAUUACUCACCCAAGAAGAAGAAUGGCACUAUGUUGAAGAAAAUUGGUAGUUUGUUAAAAAAGGGCCACAAAUAGAUGCAUAUCAUGCAUGUUUCAAAUAAACAUUGUUCUCUUCUCUAGUAACCGUAAUCUACUAUUUUCCCUUCCCAGGUACUCUUGCUGAGCUUCGGCCUCCUGGAAAAAUCAAUCUCUUAGCUGAUUUUUGUAAAGCUAUUCCAGAAUUGUUGAGACCUCUAUGAUCUCACCUGCCACUACUGA